AUGACGGCGCUCUCUGUACUUUUGUGCACCAAAUCCUUCGUCCAGCAGAUGACUUUGAUUAAUUACUAUUGUCAAGAGAGGUAUUUCCAUCACGUGCUGCUUGUUGCCAGUGAAGGAAUUAAGAAGUAUGGUAAUGACGCCGUCUUCAGAUUUUAUCAUGCCUAUGGUACAUUAAUGGAAGGUAAAACUCAAGAAGCUCUUCGAGAAUUUGAGACUCUUAAAAAUAAACCAGAUGUAUCACUUUGUUCUCUGCUUGCACUGAUAUACGCCCAUAAAAUGAGUCCUAAUCCAGAUAGAGAAGCUAUUUUGGAAUCAGAUGCCAAAGUGAAGGAGCUACGUAAAGGAGCAGAACCGAGAGCUUUGUACCAUGCAGGCUUAUUUUUAUGGCACAUUGGUCGUCACGAGAAAGCGAGAGAGUACAUUGACAGAAUGAUCAAAAUGUCAGAUGGUAGUAAAGAGGGACAGAUCUUGAGAGCAUGGCUUGAUAUUACAAGAGGAAAAGAACCGUAUACUAAAAGAGCACUAAGAUCUUUUGAAGAGGGAUUACAAAAUGGAAAUGAUAUUUUUGCUCUGCUGGGUAAGGCACAAUGCCUUGAGAUGCGCCAGAAUUAUUUAGGUGCUUUGGAGACUGUGAACCAAGUAAUUGUGAACUUUCCAAGUUUCCUCCCUGCUUUGGAACAGAAAAUGAAACUACAGCUGGCCUUGCAAGAUUGGGACCAGGCGAUUGAGAUUGUGCAGAGGUUAAUGCUUCAAGACAAACAAAAUGUAGAAGCACUAAGAAUGCUGGCUCUUUACUAUUUGUGUAGGGAGGGGGAUAUAGAGAAGGCUGCAACCACACUGGAAAACUUGGAAAAUGCAUUGGAUGCUAUGGAACCACAGAAUGCUCAACUUUUUUAUAAGAUUACCAUUGCCUUCAGCAGAACUUGUGGACGUAAUCAACUCAUUCUUGAAAAAGUUCAAACAUUACUAGAAAGAGCUUUCAGCUUAACCCCUCAGCAAUCAGAAUAUGCUACAGAACUUGGAUACCUAAUGCUUUUACAAGAAAAAGUUAAGGAAGCAUGGAAGUGGUAUCAGAUUGCCAUAAAUCUUGAAGAAACUAGUAUCACUGCAGUGAUUGGAUGUAUCCGAUGUCAAUUGAUAGAAGGGCAAUUACAGGAAGCAGAUCAGCAGCUCGAAUUCCUUAGUGAAAUUCAGCAGUCUUUUGGAAAAUAUGCGGAAUUAACUUAUUUACAAGCAAUUCUUGCUAUAAAGAAAAAUAAACGACAAGAAGAAGUUAUUAACUUGUUAAAUGAUGCCUUGGACACUCAUUUUUCACAAUUACAAGAUUUACCUUUUGGCAUACAGUAUUUUGAGAAGUUAAAUCCUGAUUUCUUGCUAGAAAUCAUUACAGACUAUCUGAAUUACUGUCCAUUGCAACCUGCAAGUCCUGGCCAACCUCUUUCUCCACUUCUUAAACGAUGCACCUCAGUCCUGGAGGCUAUAGUAAGAACUGUGCCAGGUCUCCUGCAAGCUGUCUUCCUAAUAGCAAAAGUGAAAUAUUUGUCAGGUGACAUUGAAGCAGCUUAUAAUAACCUGCAGCAUUGCCUGGAACACAAUUCUUCUUAUGCAGAUGCUUACCUCCUGAUGGCUCAAGUUUAUUUGUCUCAGGAUAAAUUUAAAUUAUGUUCUCAGUCUCUUGAACUUUGUCUGAGCUAUAACUUUAAGGUGAGAGAAAAUCCUUUAUAUCAUUUGAUAAAAGCUCAGUCACAAAAGAAAAUGGGAGAAAUAGGAGAGGCCAUUAAAACUCUACAUAUGGCAAUGAGUUUACCAGGAGUGAGGAAAAUUGAAGCUUCCUCAAAAUCAAAAUACAAGAACACUGAAGUUGAUGCAAGCCAUCGUUUAUCAAUAUUUCUUGAGUUGGUAGAGGUUUACUGCUUAAAUGGAGAACAGCAUGAGGCAGCAAAAGUGUUACAAGAUGCUACCCAUGAAUUUUCUGGGACAUAUGAAGAAUUACGUGUUACCAUUGCUAAUGCAGACCUAGCUCUGGCCCAAGGAGAUGUUGAACGGGCUUUAAGCAUGCUUCAGAAUGUUACAUCCGAACAGCCUUAUUUCAUAGAGGUCAAAGAAAAAAUGGCAGAUAUAUACCUGAAGCAUAGAAAAGAGAAAAUGUUAUAUAUCACUUGCUAUAGAGAAAUUGCUGAAAUAAUGCCUAGCCCUCAUUCUUUCCUUCUCCUUGGAGAUGCAUACAUGAAUAUUCAAGAGCCUGAAGAAGCCAUAGUAGCAUAUGAACAAGCAUUAAAUCAGAACCCAAAAGAUGGAACACUGGCAAGCAAAGUUGGGAAGGCACUUGUGAAAACUCAUAACUAUUCAAAGGCAAUCACUUACUAUGAAGCUGCACUGAAAAAUGGACAAAAUUAUCUUUGCUAUGACCUGGCAGAGUUUUUAUUAAAAUUGAAAUGGUAUGACAAAGCAGAAAAAGUCCUUCAACAUGCUCUAGCUCAUGAACUUGUAAAUGAAUUGUCUGCUCUCAUGGAAGAUGGACGUUUGCAAGUUCUUCUAGCAAAAGUUUACAGUAAAAUGGAAAGACCUGGUGAUGCAAUCACUUCAUUACAACAGGCUCGAGAAUUACAAGCUCGGGUACUAAAACGUGUUCAGAUGGAACAACCAGAUGCAGUUCCUGCACAGAAACAUUUAGCAGCUGAAAUUUGUGCAGAGAUUGCAAAACAUUCUGUUGCUCAGCGAGAUUAUGAAAAAGCAAUUAAGUUUUAUAGAGAAGCGCUUGUUCAUUGUGAAACAGAUAAUAAGAUAAUAUUGGAGCUGGCACGAUUAUACCUGGCACACGAUGAUCCUGAGGCCUGCCUGCGGCACUGUGCCCUACUUCUCCAGAGUGACCAGGACAAUGAGGCUGCCACCAUGAUGAUGGCAGAUCUCAUGUUCAGGAAGCAGGACUAUGAACAAGCAGUGUUUCAUUUACAACAGCUUUUAGAACGCAAGCCAGAUAAUUAUAUGACAUUAUCUCGCUUAAUUGAUUUCCUAAGAAGAUGUGGAAAACUUGAGGAUGUUCCAAGAUUUUUCUUAAUGGCUGAGAAACGUAACUCCAGAGCAAAAUUGGAGCCAGGAUAUCAGUACUGUAAAGGACUGUAUCUUUGGUAUACUGGAGAACCAAAUGAUGCCCUUCGACAUUUUAAUAAAGCUCGGAAAGAUAGUGAAUGGGGCCAAAAUGCCCUUUAUAAUAUGAUAGAAAUCUGUUUGAAUCCGGAUAAUGAAACUGUCGGAGGUGAAGUGUUUGAAAAUCUAGAUAGAGACCUGGGUAAUUCAACUGAGAAGCAAGAGUCUAUGCAAUUAGCAGUAAGAACGGCAGAAAAACUCCUUAAAGAACUAAAACCUCAGACUGCUGAGGGUCACAUACAGCUUCGAGUACUGGAGAACUAUUGCCUGAUGGCUACCAAGCAGAAAUCUAAUGUUGAGCAAGCAUUGAAUACCUUCACCGAAAUAGCAACAUCUGAGAAGGAUCAUAUUCCAGCACUUUUGGGAAUGGCAACAGCUUAUAUGAUCCUGAAACAGACUCCACGAGCCAGAAACCAGCUGAAGCGGAUUGCGAAAAUGAACUGGAAUCCUGUUGAUGCUGAGGAUUUUGAGAGGAGCUGGCUGCUACUUGCUGAUAUUUAUAUUCAGUCGGCCAAAUACGACAUGGCAGAAGAACUGUUAAAGCGAUGCCUGCAUCAUAAUAAGUCUUGCUGCAAAGCUUAUGAAUAUAUGGGCUACAUAAUGGAAAAAGAGCAAACAUAUACAGAUGCUGCCUUAAACUAUGAGAUGGCAUGGAAACACGGCAAUCAGACAAAUCCAGCAAUAGGGUACAAACUGGCAUUUAAUUACUUAAAAGCGAAAAGAUAUGUGGAUGCAAUUGACAUAUGUCACCAGGUUCUUGAAGCACAUCCAACUUAUCCAAAAAUCAGGAAAGAUAUACUUGAUAAGGCUCGCACAUCUUUAAGACCUUGAAAAUUAUUUUAAUUUAGAUUGGUGGUUAAGUGGGAAACAGAUCUGCAUUCUUCCAGUUCAAAAUAGGUUUGAGCUAAUUUUUUGUAAUACAAGCAUUCUUUUCUUUCUCCAGCAGAGGCUGCUAUUGCAUAUAGAGAAAUGCUAUAGCAAAUGGGUGUUUUCUGAGGGAGAAGGUGAAUGAGUAGAUGCAGAUUUGAUGUCUUUGUGGUAAAGAUUAUAACCCAUUUAUAUAAAGAAUAUUUUAUUAACAGCUAGGUAAUUAAGUAUCCUAUGUCUUUUCUAAAGAGUAUGAGUUCUUUACUCCAGGAAAUAUACUUAAAAUGCAACUAUUCUCCAUUAAAAUUUUUUGUAACCUUGUUUGUUUCAAAGAUCUGAACGAAUUUUCUUGUAAAUAACUUAUGAAAAUAUAUAUAUUUUAAUAAAUAUUUUAGAAAUG